AUGCUGAGUCUGACUAAGAUUAAAUCCAAAGAGAAACAAACCUCGAUCAAAAAUUCAUGGAGUCUAAAGGGGAUAUUAAAUUUAAGCGACUCAUAUGGUGAAAAAUCAAAUGAUAUUAAAAAAUCCUCAAUCAAGUUACCUAAUGCAAUUGAAACUGAGAUGGUAAACGAUACUAGUAUUAGUAGCCCCAAUAGCUCCAGUAGCUUCAAAAGUGUGAAUAAAUGUUUUUGUUGUGGUACUAUAUUAACUUUUCCAAAUCAAGCCAAAAAAUAUAAAUGCUCUAUAUGUCAUACAACAAAUAUAAUUGAAGUCAUACAACUGGAUAAUGAUCUCGAAAAGCACAAUUUAAUUUCGUUGAAAGAUGUUAAUAACCUAGUGGAUCAAUGUUUUAAGACUGCAGCAUCAGCUCAGGGACAAUCUCAAUCACUACAUGAAAUAUUUCAGCCAUUGUCAAAGUAUUUAUACGAUAAUUUCAAAUCUUUCAAAAUAUUGAAUAAUUCAUUUAAAAUACGGCGCUCUAGUCAUCGACCUCACUAUCAUAGUUCUAACAUUAACUACCAAGAAAUUCAAGAUUUAUUCACAUUAUUAACAAAAUUACCAACUAAAAGACCUUUAUAUUUAGCAUUAAAAGGAGCAAGUGAUAGUUUGAAAAGAAUUUAUAUCAAUUCCAAUGACGUUUUAUAUUAUAAUUGGAUUUAUAUUCUACUUCAUAUCCCUUUUUUGUCAAGUUCUUUAGUGUACGAUGAUAGGCAUAAAUCAAAGAAAAAAUUAAUGAAAGACGAACCAGAAAUCAAAGUAUUGUGUUAUGACAUUUUGAAAAGAUGCUUGGGAAUUGUUUCAUGCAUUGAUAAUGACCUUGUAUUGAAAUAUUGGUCAGCUUGGAUUUCAAAUUUGGAAUUAUCAUAUUUCAAUCAAAGACUAGACAUAAUAAAUUUGUACAUUACAUUUCAACUAAAGAAGUAUUUUUAUUUAGCAAAUAAUCCACAUAUCAAAUUAGCACCAUCUCCAUCAGCAUUAUCACCACCAAGUUCAGGAAAUGAAACUGAAACGGAAGAUCAAGAAUAUUUUCAAAAUGUAAAUUUAAAAGAUCAAAUUGCUUCAUCGCCUCUGUUUUCAUUAGCAGAACCUUUGACAUUUCCAAGAACUCAAAUUUCAAGUGAUCCAUUUCCGUUGAAAGCUAAAAAAGGAAAUUCAAAACAAGAAAAUAAAAUCAAAGUACAUCAAUAUGGUAAUGAUUGGAGAAUCAAAUCAGCAUUAAAAGCAUUAACAUUCUUUGUUAAAGCGAAUAAAUUAAGAGGAGAAUCUCAAUUACCAGUUUCUAUAUUUUAUAACUCAUUAGUUGAUUAUGUUAAUAUUAAAUUAGAUUUUGAUAGUUGGCAAAGCAACAAGAAUGUACAAAAUUCCAAAACUUCAAGUCAAGCUGAGUUGAAGUCCAUCAUUGGUUACAUUCAUGGUACAAGUAGGAACAAGAGUUUAUUUAGUGAUGCAUCAUUUUAUUUAUGUCAAUACCCAUUUUUAAUUUCUUUAGGGAGUAAAAUAUCAGUAUUAGAAUAUGAAGCAAGAAGACAAAUGGAGAGGAAAGCCGAAGAAGCUUUUAUUAAUUCAUUAGAUAAAAGAGUUGUCAUUGAUGUUUAUUUACGCAUAAAAAUUAGAAGGGAUCAUAUUGUACAAGAUUCUUUACAAGCAAUAAAACAAAAUAUGGAAAAUUUAAAAAAGAGUUUAAGAGUUCAAUUUGUAAAUGAACCUGGUGUUGAUGCUGGAGGGUUAAGAAAAGAAUGGUUUAUCUUGUUGGUUAAAGAGAUCUUUAAUCCUCAAACGGGAAUGUUUUAUAAUGUUGAAGACUCUAAUCUUUUAUGGUUUAAUACUGUACCUAUUGACAAUCAAGAUAUGUAUUAUUUAUUUGGAGCUGUAUUGGGCUUAGCAAUUUAUAAUUCUACAAUAUUGGAGUUACAAUUUCCUACUGCAUUGUACAAAAUUUUAUUAGGUAGAUCAUUAAAUAGAGCUGAUUAUGCUCAAUUAUAUCCAGAGUCUUAUAAAAACUUGAUGAAGUUGAAAGAACUAUCAGAGUCAGAAUUUUCAGAAUUAAGAAUGACAUUUGAGGUAAGUUAUGCUGAUGUAUUUGGUUCAUACCAUACUAAAGAAUUAAUUUCCAAUGGUGACAAUGUUUUGGUAACAAAACACAAUUUAGAUGCAUAUCUUGAUAAGUAUAUGAUGUUUUUCAUGAGAGAUGGAAUACGAAGACAAGUUGAAUCAUUUAUAAAAGGGUUCAACAAUGUUAUAGGAGGUAAUGCAGUAUCAUUAUUUCUGCAAGAUGAAAUUCAACUUUUGUUGUGUGGUAGUGAUGAUCAUAGAAUAGAUAUUGAUAUAUUAAAAUCAGUUACAAAAUAUAUAGGAUGGGGAUCAAGUUCAGAAGCCAUAAAUUCAAAAAUAAUUAUGUGGUUUUGGGAAUACAUGAAUGAGUCAAAUGAUCGAAAACGUAAAAAAAUAUUAACUUUUGUCACGGGGUCAGAUAGAGUACCAGCAACAGGAUUACAAAAUUUACCUUUCAAAAUCAGUUUACUAAACAAUGGGUAUGAUAGUGACAGAUUACCUUUAGCUCAUACAUGUUUUAACGAAUUGGCAUUAUACAAUUAUGGUAGUAAAGAUAAAUUGAUUAAUAAAUUAGAUAAAGCUGUUGAAGAAAGUUCAGGGUUUGGUAUUAAAUAA